AUGGCUGAUGACUUUGGCUUCUUCUCGUCAUCGGAGAGCGGGGCCCCAGAGACGGCUGAGGAGGACCCUGCGGCCGCCUUUCUGGCCCAGCAGGAGAGCGAGAUCGCGGGCAUAGAGAAUGACGAGGGCUUUGGGGCACCUGCUGGCGUCCAGGCGGUCCCUGCGCAGCUGGGACCUGUGAGUGGCGUUGGUUCUGAGGACAUGGGGACCACAGUCAAUGGAGACAUGUUUCAGGAGGCCAAUGGGCCAGCGGACGGCUAUGCUGCAAUUGCCCAAGCUGACAGGCUGACACAGGAACCCGAGAGUAUCCGCAAAUGGAGAGAGGAGCAGAAGAAACGGCUGCAGGAGCUGGAUGCUGCCUCUAAGGUGACAGAACAGGAAUGGCGCGAGAAGGCUAAAAAGGACCUGGAGGAGUGGAACCAGCGUCAGAGCGAGCAAGUAGAGAAGAACAAGAUUAACAAUCGGAUCGCUGACAAAGCCUUCUACCAGCAGCCAGACGCUGACAUCAUCGGUUACGUGGCGUCUGAGGAGGCUUUCGUGAAGGAAUCCAAGGAGGAAACCCCAGGCACUGAGUGGGAGAAGGUGGCCCAGCUUUGUGACUUCAACCCCAAGAGCAGCAAGCAGUGCAAAGAUGUGUCUCGCCUGCGCUCGGUGCUCAUGUCCCUGAAGCAGACGCCGCUGUCCCGCUAG